AUGAUGAAGAAAAUUAAUGUCAUCGUACUGCCGCAUUUUGACGAUUUGGUUGCAGUCGGCGCUCUCUCUCUCUCUCUCUCUCUCUCUCUCUCUCUCUCUCUCUCUCUCUCUCUCUCUCUCUCUCUCUCUCUCUCUCUCUCUCAUUUCUCACUGAUCGUGCGGACGGAUCGGAUCGCGCGCGCGCGCGUGUGUGUGUAUGUGGUGAGUGCGGUGCGCUGGCAGAGUCAUUGGCUCUCGCAAACGCGUCACAGUAUCAAGCGCUCAGUGCUGGGUCUGGCCAAUCUGUACAAGGCGGGCGUGAAAUUCUAUCUGAGCCUUUGGGGCGAGACCUUUGAGGAUGUGGCAGCGCGACGCGUCGUCUCCGGCACCACCUGGGAUGAGUUUUGCGACAGUCUCAAAGCCGCCGGUGCCGUCGUCAUGUCCAAAGGGACCCCAAAGGAUCCUUUCAACCAGGCCGAGGGCUAUCGCUACCUCUCGCGCCUAGUACGUGGUGGAUUGGAGAAUUUUAUCGAAAACGCUGACCCUCGUGCACCGCGCUUCACCAGCAUCGCCAACGGUCUGCGGGCAGCACCUGUCAAGCUUGGCGCCGACAACCCAGACAACCUCUAUGAGAAUGCAACCAUCGAUGGUCGCCUUACUUACCGUAUUUGGGGCCACCGCGGGACCGUCGACAUGCUCGGCUUUGGUGUGCAAGCCGGGCAGUAUGGCAAGCCCGGCGGUCUCAAAACCGUGGCUUAUAAGGAGGUGGAUGACCUCACCAUCAAUCCCGAUGGCAGCUUUGAGAUCUUUGUGGGGCCUGAGAAGCCGGCGGGCGCCAUCAAUUACCUGCAAUCUGUGACCGAGCCGCCGCAAGGCAUGAUCAUCGUCCGCCAAACAUUUGGCGAUCGUCGCAAGGAAGCCGCCGCCACCAUGCAAAUUGAGGUGCAUGGCCAGAAGAACGUACCCACGCCCUUGACUUGUUCGGCUCUUGAUGAGGGCUUGAACUCGACUGCCCUUUUUGUUGGGGGCGCCUCCAUGAUGUUUGCUCGCUGGGCCGAUGGCUUUCAAAAACACGCCAAUCAACUGCCUCUUUUUGACCAGAAACUCUCGGAUAGCGUGGGUGGCAACCCUAACAUUCGCUACUAUCACUCUUAUUGGGCAAUCGAUGCCGACGAAGCCCUGGUGAUCGAGGCCAAGCCACCACCGUGUCGCACCUGGAACUUUCAGCUCAACAACUAUUGGACAGAGAGCCUCGACUAUCGCUACUUUGACGUUCAUACCAACAAGUUUAUCGCCACUUACGACGACAAGGACAACAGCGUCUGUAUCGUGGUGGCCGAUCGCCCGCCCCAAAUGUCCCGCCCUCACAAUUAUCUCACCACUGAUGGCCACCGCUGUGGCACCAUGUGUUUUCGCUGGUGCAUGCCCGAGGUGUCCGAUGAGGACCUUCCCCACCCAAAAAUCAAGGUGGUCAAGCUCACUGAGCUUGAGCAGUGA